AGAUCACGUGUGUGAAUAACAUUACGUCGUUCCCACCUCGCUUGAAUCGUCUGAACGGGUAUCGUCUCUUCUGUCCUGUUUCGGCCGUUUUUCUCUGUGUUUUCAAAUCUUUCUAAAUAAUAACCAUGGGAGACGAAUCAGAAGAGAGAGCUCGCCGUCGUGAAGAACGCAGGAGAAGGAGGGAAGCCGAAAAGUUGGCUGGACAAAAUGAUACCUCAUCAGUAGAUGCUGAUUUAGAAGCAUUACGGCGUCGACGAGAAGAAAGGAGACGACUUCGGGAAUUGGAACAGGAAAAUGGAGCCAAUGGCCCAGCAGAGCCAGUAGAAGACUUCAGUACUAGGCGAAGACGGCGCAAGGAACGCGAAGAAGAGGAAGAACGGCAAAGGCAGGAGGAGGAGGCUCGUAGGCAGGAGGAGGAGGCUCGUAGUCAGGAGGAGGAGGCCCGUAGACAGGAGGAGGAAGAAGCUAAAAGGCGAGAGGAAGAGGAAGCACGGCAACGAGAAGAAGAGGAGGAAGAAGAGAGGCGACGAGCUGAGGAUGAGGCAGAGGAGGCCCCUGCUGAGGAGGCCCCUGCUGAGGAGGCUCCUGCAGAGGAGGCUCCUGCAGCUGAAGAGGCUCAAGUUAAUGCAGAAGAGGAAGCCGAAAAACAACGACAACAGGAAGCAGAACAACGAAGGCGAGAGGAGCAACAAAAACAAGCAGAAGAACAACAAAGGCGAGAAGAAGAAGAAGAGAAAAAGAAGAAAGAAGCUCAAGCACCUGCACCAGCCAAGAAAGCAGGAGGCCUAAGCAUGAAAUUAGGACGCAAGAUGAACAUCAAGGUUUGUCAAAAGGCGGUGCCCUUGACCGCUGUAGCCGUCUCUCUACUCUUUUGA